AUGCUGAGUUGCUAUUGCGAUGGCAGUUGUCCGGACAAUGUAAUUAACGGCACGUGCGAAACCCGCCCCGGUGGUUCCUGCUUCAGCGCAGUCGAAGAAGUGUACGAUGAGAUCACAGGCACAUACGAGGAGGAGCGAACAUAUGGUUGUAUGCCGCCAGAAGAGAAUGGCGGCCUGUUAAUGUGCAAAGUCGCUGCCGUUCCUCACCUACAUGGCAAGAAUAUCGUCUGUUGUGAUACGGGCGAUUUCUGCAACCGCAAUAUCCAUCCCGAGUACACACCGAAGAGCACCACCACCCCGCCCGAAUUGCCAGUGAGCUCGCAAUCCAUACACUACCUGCUCAUGUUAACCUCGCUCACGGUCUGUUUGACGAUAUUCGUUGUGGUGCUGCUCAUAUUUUGUGUCAUGUAUCGCCGACGUGAGAAGCAAGGCAAGCAGCCUCGUCUCAUCAGCUCCAUGUGUAACAGUCAAAUAUCACCGCUAUCGCAAUUGGUCGGACAGAGCACGGGUUCGGGUUCGGGCUUACCAUUGUUGGUUCAACGCACCAUUGCCAAGCAAAUACAAAUGGUGCGCUCCGUUGGUAAAGGACGUUAUGGUGAAGUGUUCUUGGCUAAAUGGCGUGAUGAACGUGUUGCCGUCAAAAUCUUCUUCAUGACCGAGGAGUCUUCAUGGUUCCGCGAAACCGAAAUCUAUCAGACUGUGCUCAUCAGGCACGAAAAUAUACUGGGUUUCAUUGCGGCCGACAUCAAACACAUGGGCAGCCAUACACAAAUGAUGCUCAUCACCGACUUCCACGAAAAUGGCAGCCUACACGAUUAUCUCUUCACUUCGGUGAUUACACCGCAAAAGCUGCAACUUUUGGCCUACUCACUCGCUUCGGGCUUGGCACACUUGCACGAUGAAAUUGUCGGAACACCAGGCAAACCGGCCAUAGCUCAUCGCGACAUCAAAAGCAACAACAUACUUGUCAAACGCAAUGGCCAAUGUGCCAUCGCCGACUUUGGUUUGGCCGUCAAAUAUACAUCCGAGAUGGACGAGAUACAAAUGGCACCGAAUACACGCGUUAGCACGCCACGCUACAUGGCACCGGAAAUGCUCAACGAGACAUUGAACCAACAGCAAUUCGAGGAAUUCAAACGCGCCGAUAUGUACUCGGUCGGCUUGGUGUUAUGGGAAAUGUCUAGGCGCUGUUAUACGCAAGUGCCCGGCUCGAAUGCGACCACAUGCGAGGAUUAUGCACUGCCCUAUCACGAUGUGGUGCCCGCCGAUCCCACUUUCAAGGACAUGCACGAUGUUGUGUGCCUGAAAGGUUUCCGGCCGCCUGUGCCGUUGCGUUGGCAGGACGAUGAUGUGCUCAUGACCAUGGCUAAAAUCAUGCAAGAGUGCUGGCAUCCGAAUCCGACGGUGCGGCUAACAGCACUGCGCGUCAAAAAGACACUCGGACGUCUAGAGUAGAGCGACACUGCGAAAGCGCGCAGAUAGCGACGUAUAAGAACGCAAAGCGAGCGGAAAGUGGAGUUGCCUCGCUAAAGUAGUGCGAGAUGAGAUGCGUGACAGUUUAAAUUUUAAAUCAUAGUUUUAAAGUUGAGUCUAAUUUAAGUUGAACGUAAAUUUUUAAUAACAAUUUUGCUUAAUUAUUCUUGUUAAGCUAAUAGUAUUAGUGUUUGGAUGUAGUGGUUAAUAUUCGAAACGCUUUGUACAUUUUCAAUAGCAUUUUAAUGUUUUCGACGCGUAUGAUUUUAGCUUUGAAAACGACUUAGCUAACUGUUAUUUUUUGUACUAGAUUAAGUUUAGUUAAAAGCAAAAAAACAAAAACAUUUAUGUAAAUUAAAAACAAGGCAGCUUUUCCGCACUCAGAAGUCCUUGAAAGGCUGCGUGCAAUGAGCGAAAUAAGAAGUAAUUUAUAGUAAUUUCCAAAUGGAGCUCGUUCAGGAGCUUCACCAUUCUAGAAGUGUAAACCGUGAAAGACGUUUCGAUACUGCCAGAUCAUACAAAAAAAAACCUUUAAGAGCGCGUUUAUAAAUAAAUACAAAACUAUUGUGAAAACUCCGUUACAACGGUCGUGCCUGUAAGCCACGCUUUUGCUGUUACUGUUUUAAGCUAAUAAAAAAUUGACGAAAAGCCUUGCAAAAAUGCUGCUAGGCGUUGGCAGUGCUUGGCCGGAUAUCAGUCUGCGUCCAUGCUGGUAGCGUCAGCCCGGCUUUUGUGACAACGCUUCAGUUUGUUAUUCACUCAUGGCUUGAUUUUUGCUGAACUUAAAAUUUUAUUGAGUUGAAAGUUUAAUUUUCAUGCCAAAGGUGCUCAUAAGGCAAUACUGAAAGUAUACUGAUAAGAUUGUUUUUUGUCAAAAGAAUUGUGCAGAUGUUCUUAGGGCGAAAAGCUGCAAUUUUUUUUCAAACGCAAGUUCGAAGCAAAACUUAAUGCGAUGCCGAUAAAAUCUCUCUGUAUCAUAAAAACUUCAGAGAAAAAUGUGAUUCUACCGCUGCUCGUACAAAAACAAUUUUCAUUUAAUAGCAAACAAAAAAUCAGUAACUUUACAAAAUUUUUUUUUAUAGACGCACUUUUUUAACAUCGAUGAUCUGCUUUUUUUUUGACAAUGAAAAUUUCGCUAAGUUAUUUUCAGCGUUUCACACAACGCAGCCUAAUUGUGGUGCAGAAUAGCUUUUUCGCUCAGCGCGCGUAUACAUGAAUUAUAAUUUUAUUUCUUAUAGCAGUUUUUUUUUAGUAGUUUUAGUGUUUUUUGUUUUUCAAAUAUUUGUAUAUAGCAAAUUAUUUAAGUAUGCCUUUGAGCUAAGCCAAAUUUUAGAAUUCUCCCUUCGAAUGAGGUUUGAUUUAAUUUGUUAACUAUUAUUUUAUUUUUGGCUGUUGGAUUAGUUUUUGAAAAUAAGUUGCCAUUUAUAUUUUGUCUUUAACCUUCUCUGACUUUACUUGUGAACUUUGGGUUUCAAAUACUUUUUGAAUUUUGUGCUUCGUUUCGCUUUAAAGUUUUUUCGUUUUUUUUAUUUUAUUAUUAAAAGUUGCCAAAAUUUGUUAUAUCUAUUUGAAAAAAAAAAUGUAUUGUUUUCGCUUGUGAAUUAAUUUUAUAAAGUAAUAUUGCCUUAACUGUGUAAAAUAAACCAUAAAAACUAAAAUAUGUAAUAUAUAAAUAGCGCACUGAUUAAGAAAAACUGGCCUUAAUGCAGUUCGUAAAGUUGCCUUUCUAUGCUUUGCUACAACAAAAAUACUAUAUAUUAUAUUAUAAAUAAAAAACGAAAAUAUAUUUAACUAACAAACUAUACAA